CUCUCUCACACACACACACACACACACUUUAUGGGAGCAAAGUUGGGUCAUCAGGCUUGGUGACAAGUGCCUCUGUCACCUGAGUCAUCUUGCUGCCCCUCCCUCCAUUAUGGCAUGUUGUCUCAUAUACUAUGGUCUGCUCUGAAAUAUGUCUUCUAUCUUCUAUAGCUUUGUUUUUCCUCUUCUGCAUUGUGAUGGAUGGAAGCUUCUUCCUCUGGGCAUAACUAGAGGACUUUGCUCCAAAUUAUGACAGCUAGAGCAGAACUGAUAGUGACAGGUUAAUGGUGAUGUCUUGGUAUUCCCUAGGAAGGGUCAAGGAAUCCUCACCCUUUUUCUUCUGCCUGUGGUCCUGAGAGAUGCUGCAAUAUAUAACAAGCAGAAGAUUAAUCAAAAGCAGCACUUCAUGAUGUACUCUCCAUGAAUUUGUCAUCCAUGGAGGGGUUUCUUGGAAUCUCUGUGGAGCUCCUUACAAGAUCUUCCACCAGACUCCCUAUCACCUCUUCUCAGUAUCUCUGACUGAAUUCACAGAAAACCAUCCAGCUUCUGGUUACUGAGAGGACAGGGUCACGACCCAGGGUGACCAUGCCAGCCAAUUGCACGCCAACCCCGGAAGUUACGCCAUUGGCACCAGAGGAUCCUGGAAACUCCUGUGAGAAUCUCACUAUGUCGCCCUGACUGGCCUGGAACUUGGUGUAGACCAGGCUGGCCCUCAACCCCACAGAGAUUCGCCUGACUCUGCUGUCUAAGUUCUGGACUUAAAGGUUUCUCCGGUGAUGCAGUAAGCCAGAUCAAGCCGAAUUGAAAAAGUAAAAGAACAGGUUUAUUUUGAGCAAAGCAACUCCCGGUGAGUCCUCCAGUCCCCAGAGAUCGAGGCGGGAGAAGGGGCAGGAGAAAUCCCAUGGCCGAAAUAAAGCAGGGUGUUUAUGUACCCUGUAGACAAGGGGUAAGGGUGUGUCCAACCCAGGCUGGGUUUGUGCCCAAUUACAAUGCGUUGGGUGGGGACUUGGACCACUGGCAGCUUCAGGGGAGGAGCCACCACAGCCAUCAAGAAUGCAGAACUGGGUUUUUGGGGGUUCUUCUCCAUUGGAGAUUCUCUGAGAGGGUGGGGUUUAGAGUGAGAGAAAUGAGGCCCUCUGGAUCAAACAGGAGUGAGUUGGAAAUUUCCAGGUGAACCCUACCUAUGGCACCAAACUGUUGUAGAGCCUUUCACUCUGCCCCUACAGAUUUCCUGCUACACCCUGUCCUUCAAGGACUGAGAUGAAGUGGUGUCAAGCUAUACCCAGCAAGGUGGUGUAAUACAACCCCUAUAUAAACCACAGAGGGCAAGGCACAGUGCCAGAAACUUGUUUGGAGAGAUUUUUAACUAUGUAGUCUCCAGUCAACUCCCUCAGCUGUGCUUAGCACCCGUGAGGCCUGCAGGAAACCCUAGGAUUGAGGAUGUAGAUUUCUGCCCUAGUGUCAAACCUCACAAAACAGCAUAAUAGAGAAAGGGUUUACUUGGCUCGCAAUCCCAGGCUACAGUGUUCAUGUGGGAUGAUGUCACAGCGGUGGGAACUUGAAACAGCUAGCCACAUCUACAGUCAAGAGCAAAGAGAAUGAAUGAUGCAUGCUUACUUGUGCUCAGCCCCCACCCCAGUUAUGUGGUUCUGGAUCCCCUACCUAGGGAAUGGUGCAGACCACAGUGGGCUUUCCAUAUCAAGUAACAUAAUCAGGACAGUCUCGCACAGGCCAACAUGAUCCAGACAGUCCCUUGCUGAUACUCUCUUCCUAUGAUUCUAAAUUGUGUCAAGUUGACAAAAUUAACCAUUAAAAUGCCCAAGGUAAUGAUGGUUGCUGGGAUCCUCUUGCCCUCCUGAUUCUGAGCUGAUUGCCACUAGGGACUGGGAGGGUGGUGAGGCAUUGCCUUUUGUCCCCUCAUGUGGCCAUCUUGGGUUUCUGUACUCUGGGGUUUCUGUGACACCUCUGAUGCCCCCAGGAAUCUUCUUUAAUUAUUUCUAUCACCAUAUAGUCAUUUGUUAUUUUGUCUGUGGAAUGAGUGUUAGGGUUUCUACUUGGCCAUCUUGCUGGCCUCAGUCUCGAGGGACUUUGCAAAUGAAUGAAAGACAAAAACAGAACCCAUAUUCCUUAUUUCUAGAUAUGUUUUUUCACCCACUCCAAGUCUGUUUACACUGAACAGGAGUUUGCUCUUACAGGAAUCAGUGUCCAUCAUGGAUGUGACUAUAGAUUUCGGCAGAGAAGAAUGGCAGCACCUAGACCCUGAUCAAAGAAGUCUCUACCGGGAUGUAAUGCAGGAGACCUACAGUCACCUGCACUCAGUGGAAGAAUUGCAACAGAUUGGUGACCAGAAAGAGACCUAUCAGCAAAUAGGAAAUAAAUCAGGAAGUGAUGUUAUUUUCAUCAAGAAGACACUGGAUACAAAGGGUCAUCAUGGAUGUAAGGUCAUUAGAAAAAUAAUUCACGUGAACCCAUAUAUUAUUCUCCCUUCCAAAAGACCUCAUCAGUGUGACCCAUUUGGGAAUGAUCUGAAGCGGAAUUUAGAUUUACAAAGUCACAAUGAAAAUUAUGGGCCAAAGAGAAUUAAAAAGAUUGCUGAAUAUGGUAAAAUUUCUUCCUAUGCCAACGCUGACCAUACUGUAGGAGGAGAGAAAUUAUGGGACAGCAAUCAGUGUGGAAAAGCCCUCAAUUAUGAACAAGUACCUUGUCAAUAUCAGAAAUUUUAUGUUGGCGAGAAGUCAUAUGAAUGUGCUGAAUUUGGAAAGCUCUUUACCCAGAAGUCACAGCUCAAAGUACAUAUGAAAUCUCACACAGGAGAAAAACUCUAUGUAUGUGUGGAAUGUGGGAAGGCAUUUUCACAGAAGCUGGAAUUGAUUACCCAUCAGAAAACCCACACUAGAGAGAAGCCCUAUAAAUGCAAUGACUGUGAAAAGUCCUUUUUCCAAGUGUCUUCUCUCUUCAGACAUCAGAGGAUUCACACUGGAGAAAAGCUCUAUGAGUGCGGCGAGUGUGGGAAAGGCUUCUCAUAUAACUCGGACCUCAGUAUACAUCAGAAAAUUCACACAGGAGAGAGACAUCAUGAAUGCAUUGACUGUGGUAAAGCAUUCACACAAAAGUCCACGCUCAAGAUGCACCAGAAAAUCCAUACAGGAGAGCGGUCCUAUAUAUGUAUUGAGUGUGGACAGGCUUUUAUCCAGAAGACACACCUGGUUGCACAUCAGAGGAUCCACACUGGGGAGAAGCCAUAUAGAUGCAACAACUGUGGGAAAUCCUUCAUUUCCAAGUCACAACUCCAGGUCCAUCAGCGAAUUCACACAAGAGUGAGGCCUUAUAUGUCUGCUGAAUAUGGGAAAGUCUUCAGCAGUAGUCCCAACCUCAUUCCACAAAAGAAAGUCCAAGUUAGGGAGAAAUCUUCCAUCUGCACUGAAUGUGGGAAGGCCUUCACUUACAAGUCAGAAUUAAUCAUUCAUCAGAGAAUUCACACUGGAGAGAAACCUUAUCAGUGCAGUGACUGUGGAAAAGCCUUCACCCAGAAGUCAGCUCUCACAGUGCACCAAAGAAUCCAUACAGGAGAAAAAUCGCACGUGUGCGUGAAAUGUGGGCUGGCUUUCAUCCAAAAGGCGCACUUGGUUGCACACCAGAUAAUCCACACUGGAGAAAAACCUUAUAAGUGUGGUCACUGUGGGAAACUCUUUAAUUCCAAGUCACAACUCCAUGUACACAAACGAAUUCACACAGGAGAAAAACCUUACACAUGCAGUCAAUGUGGAAAGGCAUUCACCAGCAGAUCAAAUCUCAUCACACACCAGAAAACGCACACAGGAGAAAAAUCCUAUAUAUGUUCAAACUGUGAAAAGGCCUUCACUCAGAGGUCAGACCUGAUUAUACACCAGAGAAUUCAUACCGGAGAGAAACCAUAUGGAUGCAGUACUUGUGGGAAAGCCUUUACCCAGAAAUCACACCUCAACAUACACCAGAGAAUUCAUACAGGAGAGAGACAGUACAAAUGCCACGAAUGUGGGAAAGCCUUCAAUCAAAAAUCAAUACUCAUUGUGCAUCAGAAAAUCCAUACAGGGGAAAAGCCCUAUGCAUGUACUGAGUGUGGGAGAGCUUUCAUCCGCAAGUCAAACUUCAUCACCCAUCAAAGAAUUCACACUGGAGAGAAGCCUUAUGGAUGCAGCGACUGUGGAAAAGCCUUCACCUCUAGGUCUCAGCUCCUGGUGCACCAGCCGGUGCACACAGGUGAGAAGCCUUAUCUGUGUGCUGAAUGUGGGAAAGCAUUCAGUGGCAGGUCAAAUCUCAGUAAGCACCAAAAAACUCAUACCGGGGAGAAACCGUACAUCUGUUCCGAGUGUGGGAAGACCUUCAGACAGAAAUCAGAGUUAAUUACACAUCAUAGGAUUCAUACUGGAGAGAAGCCUUACGAAUGUGGCGACUGUGGGAAAUCUUUCACUAAGAAGUCACAGCUCCAAGUGCAUCAGCGAAUUCAUACAGGAGAAAAGCCUUAUGUGUGUGUUGAGUGUGGGAAGGCCUUCACUGAUAGGUCCAAUUUAAAUAAACACCAAACAACACACACUGGAGAUAAACCUUAUAAGUGUACAGUCUGUGGAAAAGGCUUUGUUCAGAAGUCAGUACUCAGUGUGCAUCAGAGUAUUCAUACUUAAAUGGUAUGAGGAAAAACUCAUUGAGGAUAUGUCCUGUUGUAAUCACUGUCUCUAUGAAAUGGGAUGAUAUGUAUACUGUUGUAAAUAAAAAUGGCCAUGUGACAGUACCACACAUUACUGCUCAGAAAAGGACCUCCAAGAAAGUACUGAAUGGAGAAGGACCUUUCUACAUGCUCUGAAGAAACGGCAUCAAUUUGAAACAAUAGAUGUUGAUAAGAAUCCUGUUAGUGAAAUCCUGUUAGUGCCAACUAAUUGAAUAAAACCAUAUAACAUACAUGA